CCACCUAACCUCUUUGAGCCUGCGGGGUAUGGCAGCAGCCUGCAGCCUUGCAGAACUUUUUAUCAUUCUCAUUUUCCUCCGUGACUAGGAAUAUAGGGGACAUGUGAUCGACAAAGGUCUUCUAUGCCCUAUGUGUUGUAGACAGGUUGCUAAUACCUGGGAUGUGGAGAAAGAAGAGACAGGUGGACAGAGGAGGAGAAAGACUUAAGGGAUUUUUUUUUUUUUUUUCACAAGAAAAUGCACCGGUUGUCCAUCAGCUCCAGCAAAGAGAUAUAAAUCAUGCGCAAAUAAGUGCUCUAAAAAAUAUGCAGAGCCUUAAAAAAAUAUCAAAAACAGGUCUUAAAAAGUCAAAAAGGACCCAGAACAGCUUUUGAAAAAUGUGGUUCAUUCGCCUUUGAACCCUAUGGGAUUCCUGAUCCUUUCAUCCCUCGGCACCAGCUGGGAGCUGCAGGCAGAGACUCAGCUUCAGAGCAGCCCGGUCUCUGAGCCGGGGACACAGGCUCUUCCCGCGGGUCUGACCCGCGCCAGAGCCGCUCCUUCCCGGCCGGCUGAGCCUUGCGGAGGCCCCCGGGCUCGCUCCCCUCCAGCCCGAGGGCCUAGAGUAGGUCGCGGACCCCGAGACAACAGUGCCUGGAAGGGAGCGGGAUCUCGUCCUCAACUCCUUUUCCCUCGCCGAGUCUCCUGAGAAAUUCCGAGCUACCUGCGCUCUCACUUCCACGUCCCCCUUACCCCCCCUCCAUCACUUCGCGCAUCCCCGUAUCUGAGGGCAUAACCUCUUCUCCGAGCGAGCGGGCAGCGCGGCUCGGCGCUGUAAAUAGGUGUGGGGGGGGGGGGUCUCCUAAGCCCCCUUGGAGGGCACGUGGUGGCGGGCAGGGCAUGUGCUGAGGCGUAGAAGAGGCGGCGAGCCCACCGCGGCUGCGCUGACCCUCACCGGCGCUCCGCGGUGGGCUCCUCGAUAUGGCUCGCCUUUGAAGUCGUGAAUAAUUUAGCUUCCCCCCGCAAGCGAAGGGCGAAGGAGGUGCGGAGGCAAUGGCAAGUAAUUCAGCUUUUGAGGUACGGCUGAGAAGAAAUUGCAAGCUAGUGUGCAGACAGGGGUGAGGGGGAAGCAAACCCCGAGGCAUUUCAGUCGCCUUUUCUGUUUCCUCGACACAUGGCAUUGAUCAGCUCUCGUCUUCUCCAUUCCUCCCCAGCCCCUCUCUUAAAGUGAUUCGCAGCAAAAGACGUAUUGUGCAUUUUCUUCAGUUAAUGGAGGAGUUUGAGGCAAAUUCUCUUCGCACACCCCACGUCCUACCUUGACGGCUGUAUCUCGGUGCAUCUCGGUAUUAAAUAGCGUUGCCUCUAAGUGGGCUUGUCAGGGCAAGGCAGUAGUUUACUACGGAACCGAGCGGCGAGGGAAGGGUUACCCCGAAACAAGCGCAGACAGCCCGAGAUGCAUAUAGACACACACAUGCACAUACAUGAACACUCACACGCACACGCACCCGCACUGAAUGUGCUCCAGGAGACAUAGAGGGUGGAGGGUUCUUAGCGCUUUAGGGCAAAAGGUGGUUUCCCCAGCGGUUUUAGAGUAGUUCUGACUGAUGAUGAAAAUCAGACGGAAUAGUAAAGGAGGUCUGUCUCUCCCCUGAGGGUUGGACUUUCUUUUAUUCCAUGUUAUAUUUAUUCUGUCCUGCUAUUGCCUACCUAAAAGUUCGCAGUGGCGGAAGGAGAGGGAAAGAAGGAGGUAGGAGAGGCGGGCUUGUCGGUGGCUGCACAUGAAAUAUCGCCAUGUUGGUGGAAAGCACGGCUGUAAUUAUUGCUAGAGAGGGUAUCUCCCAGUUAGGACCGCAGCUCGGGGAGUUUUCCAGCUCACUACCGACCUUCCCUUCCGAUAAACGCCGGCAGUCCCCAGAGCAGCGGGACUAAAGCAGUACUGCCGCACAGGGCAGCAAUAUUCGUAAGCUCUUUUCCUGGAGCCCGGGCCCGGCAGGCUCCGCGGUGAGGCGGGGCGGGGGUCCGAGGGCUGCGCAGCCCUUCCCCUCCCCCUCAGAGCAGCACCGCCCGCUUGGUUCCCCUCGAUGAGAGGAGGGGGGGACGGGUCCAAAAGGACGGAGCUCGCUAAACUGUUCUCAGCAAGCAAUGGGUUAAAAAUGGAAAGAACAAAAAAUGAGAGGGAAAAAAAAAAAAGAAAGAAAGAAAAAGAGAAAACCUAGCCUGACUUUGCCUCUUGGAAAGCUUUAGGUUGCAGCCCUGCCUUCCAAGCAUUCUUUAAACUAGAAAUGUGGGAGGGACUCCAGGAGAGAGAGAGAGAUGGCUAUCAACUGAAUUCAUUACUGUAAACAUCUCCCUGGGGUGUCAGGCAGGGAGGAAAAAAAAAAGGCACGACUUACAUUAGCAGGGAAUAGUCAGAUCUGAGGCAUCAUUACUGCUAAGAUCAGACUGCAAUCCCGGCUGAAGGCAGACGCAGGACUUAGAGCCAGACGCACGCACUCGCACAUAUACUCACACAUAUGUGCCCGAUGCCUUCUCCGACGUUCAAGUGUCCUGGGUCUCCGUGCCUCCUCCUCAUGUGAUCCUUUCACCAUUUCCAAAGGACAGAAAGAAAGAAAGAAAGAAACCCCAAGACCAGGAGUGCAGCGGUCCUUUCUCCUUUAAUUUUUGCCGUAGAAGGAGGAGCGGCAGGGGAAGAGCGAGCGAAAUCGAGGAGAGAAAGUGCGUUGGGGAUGCCAGAGCCGCGGGCUACGCGCCGGAGGAGGAGGUGGCAGAGAAAGGGGCAGAACGAUGCCGCUGCCUCGUGAGGGCGGAGGAAGGCGCGGGAGCCGCGGGGGUCGCUCCGGAGCGGCGGCGGCGGCUGGCGGAGAGCGGGCCCGCGGGGCCGGCCGGGAGCGGCGCUGGGCAGCCGCGGUGAGCGGCGCGGAGGGCGGCAGCCACCACCUAGGAGCGGCGGAAAAGUUUUGGUGUGGGGGGCCAGAGGCUCGCAGGGGGAUUAUGAUCGGUGUCGGCGAGGGAUUUCCAGAUACUGCCAGCUGAAGGCAAGGCAGACUUCAACACUGGAUUCUAAAAACGGCAGGAGGACAAGAAGUGAUGCAGACUGAGAACCAAACUGACAGCAGUCAUGGAAACUCACUGCAUGUGUGUACAUAUGGGAGGGUUUACAUUUAUCCCAGGUACAUCAAUUGCCCACCAUCACUAGGAGUGCCAAAUUUGGGUGCUUAAUACAAAGGAAGGAUGAUUUAUGAGGAAGGUUAUGCUAAAGAUAGAUGCCUUUGCUUUGUUAAGGUGUGCGUUUUUUUUUUAUAAUUUCAACAUUCUCCAGAAGUGUUCUGGUAGUAACAAUAUUUGGGAUAAUAUGUAACUCUACUUACUUGUUUGCUUGCAGUCUGGCAGAAAGUCCAGUAAAGAAUCUGACUACAAUCCAGUUACUAACUGCAAUAGAGAAGAAAAGAGUCAGUGGUAAGAUGGCACUGUAUGAGUUAACAUGUUAGCCCUUCAUUCUUUCAGAUCAAGCUUCCUGUGAGUAAUAAAACACAAGUCAAAUGAAUUUGGCUGGUCUCAGUCAAGCUUCUCAUGGAUAGUUGCCCACAUGGGAAUAACUACCGCAUAGAUUAGCUCUGUGAAUAGUUCCAGGACAGGUGGGGGGCUGAGCUGCACUGACAGAACUGCUCUGGGGAACUUGUGUGUGACGCUUCACUAAGUGGUAUCUGUUUUCCGUUUUCAAGAGAACUAAAAUUCAGCCAAACGUUUUUUAAGUAAUUGUUUUUAGGGAGUUGGAGAAAUCUCAAAUUUUGUCAGAUGUGCAAGUCUUUUGUUAUACAUUUCAAAAGAAAUGAAGUACAAGUGAAAAUAAAAAUACCCUGUUUUUUUUCUUCCUAGCCAACAUUUUGUUCCUGAGAACAGGAACAAUAUUAGAGCUCCUGACCCAUCCUUCCUAACAGUCUAAGACAAAUUACAAAAAAGUGAAAUAUUUUCAAAGCUUAGGAGGACACAGAAUGACACAGGAUUUCUGCUGCUGAAUACAAAAAUCUUUGUGUUUCUAUUUGAAAUCCAGACAUAGUCUACAGUGAUCUAUAUGAAAUGAAAGGUGGACUCAGGUAAACCCACCACUAUUAACUGAGCCUAAUUUUUCCAGUGUGUGUCAGAAGUGAAAAGAUUUAUUGGGUAAGAAGGAUGAACUGCACUUUCACCUCCACGUUCCUUCCUCCACCGUUUUAUAAAACAAAACUGAUCCUAAGUCACAACACAGAAGUCCUUGAAAAAUCACAGUCAGAAACAACCUCUGUACUAUUUUUCCUGACAUAAAAGGGGACAAUGCAAAUGAAAUGUAGAAGGAAGAGUUAAUAACAGCAUUUGAUCACAGGAGCACUGACACACAAGCCAGUUCAGAAAUCUGCUUGACAUUAGAUAUGUAGCACUCGUGUAAAUCAGGGCUGGACCAGUUUAUAGCAGCUGAAUAUCCACAACAUAAACCAGAAAGUUUCUCUAUUAAGAUCCUUGUUAGACCCGCAACUGUAGGCCAGCUUUCCUUCUUUAAAAAUAGAGAGAAAGGGUGGUAGUCUGGGAGCUGGCAUUGUGUUCUUUAUGCCCUAGCUGCCUCUAAAUCAAUAGAGGACCCUUGCUCUUCAAGUCUCUGACACAAAGUAAAUAUUUUUUUUCUUGAUUUAACUGCUAUUUAAGGAAAGGCUUGGGAUUACGAUUGUCUAAGGUCAGGUUUACAGCACUGUUCUAGUUACUUGCUGCAUAAUUUGGAGUUUCAGAUUCACAAGUGGACAUGGUUAUAUAAUUUAUUGAGGCACCUAUUUAUACUUACACAGUUAAGUUUAUUACACCUGUCUCAUAGCAAUUGCUGUACCUAUUGUGAUUGACAUAUUUUCCAUGACAUUUUUCACACAUUCCAUCAUUGCUAUGUCUAUUGAAGCUUGAUUUUCACAUACAUGUGAUCAUCAUGGGCAUGUAGUAUGGCUCUAAAAAAUUUACCAACCUAACCUUCAUUUACUUUUGCCAGAGGACUACAUACAUAAUGGAUUCAUCAAUGCAACUGUAGACUUUUGGCACUUGCAUUAAAUUUCAAACUGAUCAGUUUUAGUGAAUUAAAUAAUUUCUCUUGCUAUGGGAACUCUCUACUGCAGGAGAGGGGAGAAUAGUGGCAUAUGUCCUCUAUCAAUUUGACAUUUUUUAAUUUCAAUUAAGCCUAUAGUUGUGUGUAUUCUGAUGAUGGUGUUGCUAAGAAAGAUUAGUAUGAGGAAAUUGCUUUAAUGUGACUGGAGAUAAUCAAGUAACUGCUGCUUUGUGAGUGAAUCUUUACCUCCAGAAUCUACAAUGAGACUUUACACUGUUGUCUCCAAAGAAAAAUGGGCAGCAAAGUGUGUGGAGCUUGGCUAGCUGAUAACAGGUGAUGUCUUUUAAUACAUGAUUUAGUGGCCUUUUCCAGUAGAAAUUUUAAUAGUACCCCAGAGGCAGUUGAUAUAUAACAAUAAAUGUAUCUAUUUUGUUAGUCAUUGUUUCCUUUAUAGAAACUGGUAUAUAAUUUUGCAUCUAGAUAUAAAAUAAUCUGAAUAACAAUGAGCCACAUUCUGUUCUGUUUUGUUUGAUCAUAUAUUCUGGUCAUUGCUGUAGUAGCCUAACACUAAUCUGUAAAAAUUCAGUGAAAAGUUAGAAAAGAAUUCUGUAGUGUUUGAUAAUAUCAAAUGACUUUAUUUAAUGGAGAGAAUUAUUAGUACACAACAUGAGAUCUGGUCAGUCAGAAUUGCAAAGCUUUAAAUUCCCUUCUGGACAUGAAAUUCAGGGCAGUGUUUUGUAUCCACGAUUGUUUAUGACUGCAUGGAUCAUAUUUAUAACUCCACUGGUUUUAUACUUAUGAACAAUCUAGCAAAAUGACAUAAAUUGUGCUGCAUAUUACAACUGCAAAUAACAGUGUUGCAAAAGUGACUCCCAAUGGAUCAUUCUUAUAGAAAUCUAAUAUACAGCAUCCCUCACCCUUGCUUUCUCUCUUUUUAACCACUAUCUUAACCUCCAGUGCUUAAAACUCAGAUAUAUUGAAACCUGUGUCUUCCCACCAAUACUGAAGGGUUGUACUUUCAUGGACCUGUGAUUCUAUCUGUUUUAACAUCUCUUAUCUGAGAGAGCUACUUUAGGAAGGAGUCUACAGGUUCACUAAUAGGUAUAGAUACAAAGUUGUCAUUUUAGACUGUGUGAAAUGAGAUUAGAGACAAUCUGACAAGAAGCAAAUCUCCCUUUCACUCCAGUUCCUUUCUCCCAGGUAAUUAAACAAGUUGAAUUCA